GACGUCACGCUCGCGGAGCCAGCGCGGGGGGCGGGGCUGCGGCCGAGGGGGCGCGUCCCAACGGUUCCCGCGGCUCUUCGAACUCGUCUGGGUUCGCUCGUUCUCCUACUGGUGUGUUUGAGGCUUCCAUGCCGUGGCCCGGGAGAGGGUCCGAGGCCUCCGAGCGCAGACGAGUCGCGCGGCCCGGUGGUGGGCCUCUCCCCAGCUGCGACUUGGGUGGGAGCUAGAGAUGUUGAUUAGAUCAAGCAGGAUGGGAACCUGAUCCAUUGAAUUUUGUUGGGGAAGUCUCAUUGAAACAGAAACAUUUGUGGAAACAAAGGGGAAGGAGCAUAGAAACUGGUUGUCUACUAAGAUUACAGAGAAUAUUUAAUUUCCUGCCACAGCUUUUUCCAGUAAGAUUUCACCACAUUCAAAAUAGAAAAAUAAUGAGUUAAAUUCCAUUACUGUGAGAAUAUUUUGACUGACACCACGGAAUCUUUCAGGAGAGGUACAAGAAUUUUUUUUUUUAAGAAAUGGAAUCUAGUUCAUCAGACUACUGUAAUAAAGACAAUGAAGAAGAAAGUUUGCUUGCAAAUGUUGCUUCCUUAAGACAUGAACUGAAGAUAACAGAAUGGAGUUUGCAGAAUUUAGGGGAAGAGUUAUCCAGUGUUAGUCCAAGUGAAAAUUCUGAUUACACCUCUAAUCCCUCAAGGACUGAAAGACUCAUUUUGGAAGAUCUUGUUCAGCCUAGCCACCCAGGACUUUCAAAUUACUCAUCUUAUAAAAAAGUUUGUAGAAUAUCUGGUAGCAGUACUGAAUUUCAAAAAAGUCCAAGAGAUAAGAUGUCUUUUUCAUCUUCUGCUCCUAUGGAUCAAGAAAUUAAAAGUCUUCGAGAGAAACUUAAUAAACUUAGGCAACAAAAUGCUUGUUUGGUCACACAGAAUCAUUCUUUAAUGACUAAAAUAGAAUCAAUCCACUUUGAAUUAACACAAUCAAAAGCAAAAGUUUCUGUGCUUGAGUCUGUUCAGCAACAGGCAGCCAAUAUCCCUAUAUUAGAAGAACAGAUUAUAAAUUUAGAAGCAGAAGUCAAAGCUCAAGAUAAAGUUUUGAGAGAGGCAGAAGAUAAAUUAGAACAGAGCCAGAAAAUGGUGAUUGAAAAGGAACACAGUUUGCAAGAGUCCAAAGAGGAAUGUAUAAAGUUGAAGGUGGAUUUACUUGAACAAAGUAAACAAGGAAAAAGAGCUGAACGACAAAGGAAUGAAGCACUAUAUAAUGCUGAGGAACUGAGUAAAGCUUUCCAACAAUAUAAAGAAAAAGUGGCUGAAAAAUUGGAAAAGGUUCAAACUGAAGAAGAAAUAUUAGAGAAAAAUCUAGUUAGCUGUGAAAAAGAAAAUAAAAGGCUCCAAGAAAAGUGUGGUCUAUAUAAAAGUGAACUUGAAAUUCUGAAAGAGAAAUUAAGACAAUUAAAAGAAGAAAACAACAAUGGAAAAGAAAAAGUAAGGAUUAUGGCAGUGAAGAAUUCAGAAGUCAUGGCACAAUUGACUGAAUGUAGACAAAGUGUUCUGAAGCUAGAAAGUGAGUUAGAAGACAAAGAUGAAAUACUGAGAGAAAAAUUUUCUCUAAUGAAUGAAAACCGAGAAUUAAAGGUUCGUGUUGCAACACAGAACGAGCGACUAGAUUUAUGUCAGCAGGAAAUUGAAAGUUCAAGGGUAGAACUGAGAAGUUUGGGAAAAAUGAUAUCCCAUUUGCCAUUGAAAAGAGAAAUACUUGGUUUUAAAUCAUCCAUUUCUAAGCACCAGAUGAAUAGUUUGUCAAACAAGGAAGACAAUUGCAUUGGCUGCUGUGAGGCAAAUAAAUUGGUGAUUUCAGAAUUGAGGAUUAAGCUUGCAAUAAAAGAGGCAGAGAUUCAAAAGCUUCAUGCAAAUCUGACUGCAAACCAGUUAUCUCAGAACAUUAAUUGUAAAGACAGCCAAGAAAGUGGCAAAUUGACUACUUUAGAAACAGAACCUGUUAAACUAGGUGGUAAUCAAGUUGAAAGUAUAAAAGACCGCAGUCAACAUACUGUGAACAAGCAAUAUGAAAGAGAGAGGCAAAGACUUGCUACUGGAAUAGAAGAACUACGGACUAAGUUAAUGCAAAUAGAAGCUGAGAAUUCUGAUCUGAAGGUUAACAUGGCUCACAGAACUAGUCAAUUCCAACUGAUUCAAGAGGAGCUUCUAGAGAAAGCUUCAAACUCUAGCAAACUAGAAAGUGAAAUGACAAAGAAAUGUUCUCAGCUUUUAACUCUAGAGAAACAGCUGGAAGAAAAAAUAGUUGCUUAUUCUUCAGUUGCUGCAAAAAAUGCAGAACUUGAGCAGGAGCUUAUGGAAAAGAAUGAAAAGAUAAGAAGUCUAGAAACCAAUAUCAAUACAGAGCAUGAGAAAAUUUGCUUAGCUUUUGAAAAAGCAAAGAAAAUUCAUCUUGAACAGCAUAAGGAAAUGGAAAAACAGAUUGAAAGACUUGAAGCUCAACUAGAGAAAAAAGACCAACAAUUUAAAGAACAAGAAAAGACUAUGUCCAUGUUGCAACAGGAUAUAAUAUGUAAACAGCAUCAUCUUGAAUCACUAGAUAGACUCUUGACGGAAAGCAAAGGGGAAAUGGAAAAGGAGAAUAUGAAGAAAGAUGAAGCUUUGAAAGCAUUACAGAAUCAAGUAUCGGAAGAAUCAAUCAAGGUUAGACAACUAGAUUCAGCAUUAGAAAUUUGUAAGGAAGAGCUUGCCUUGCAUUUGAAUCAAUUGGAAGGAAAUAAGGAGAAGUUUGAAAAACAGCUAAAGAAGAAAUCCGAAGAGGUAUAUUGUUUGCAGAAAGAGCUAAAGAUAAAGAAUCACAGUCUUCAAGAGACCACUGAGCAAAAUGUUAUUCUACAGCAUACUCUUCAGCAACAGCAGCAAAUGUUACAGCAAGAGACAAUUAGAAAUGGAGAGCUAGAAGAUAUUCAAACUAAGCUUGAAAAACAGGUAUCAAAGCUGGAACAAGAACUCCAGAAACAGAGGGAAAGUUCAGCUGAAAAGUUGAGAAAAAUGGAGGAAAAAUGUGAAACAGCUGCGCACGAUGCAGAUUUGAAAAGGCAAAAAGUUAUUGAGCUUACUGGUACUUCCAGGCAAGUAAAACUUGAGAUGGAUCAGUACAAGGAAGAACUAUCUAAAAUGGAAAAAGAAAUAACGCACUUAAAAAGAGAUGGAGAAAAUAAAGCCAUACAUCUUUCUCAAUUAGAUAUGAUCUUAGAUCAGACAAAGAUAGAACUAGAAAAGAAAACAAAUGCUGUGAAGGAGUUAGAGAAGUUACAACACCACACUGAAACUGAACUAACAGAAACCGUGCAGAAACGGGAAGCACUGGAGACUGAACUACAUAAUGCUCAUGGAGAAUUAAAAAGUACUUUAAGACAACUGCAGGAAUUGAGAGAUGUACUACAGAAAGCUCAGUUAUCAUUGGAGGAAAAAUAUACUACCAUAAAGGAUCUCACAGCUGAACUUAGAGACUGUAAGAUGGAAAUUGAAGACAAAAAGCAAGAACUCCUUGAAAUGGAUCAGGCACUUAAGGAGAGAAAUUGGGAGCUAAAGCAAAGAGCAGCUCAGGUUACACAUUUGGAUAUGACUAUUCGAGAGCACAGAGGAGAAAUGGAACAAAAAAUAAUAAAAUUAGAGGGUAAUCUGCAGAAAUCAGAAUUGGAACUUAAAGAUUGCAACAAGCAGAUAGAAAAUUUAAAUGAAAAAUUGCAAAAUGCCAAAGAACAGCUUCGAGAUAAAGAGUUUGUAAUGCUACAAAAUGAACAAGAGAUAAGUCAAGUGAAAAAGGAAAACGAAAGAACACAUCAAAGGAUAAAAGAAAUGGAAAGUGUUAUGAAAGAGCAGGAACAGUAUAUUGCUACUCAGUACAAGGAGACCAUAGAUUUGGGGCAAGAAUUGAGGCUGACCCAGGAGCAGAUGCAGAACUCUCAUACAGAAUUGGUGGAGGCUCGUCGUCAACAAGUCCAAUCACAGAGAGAAAUAGAAAGACUCUCCAGUGAGCUGGAAGACAUAAAGCAACUCUCUAAAGAGAAAGAAGCACAUGAAAUUCACUUAGCUGAAGAAUUGGGGGCUUCUCAAGUACGUGAAGCUCAUUUAGAAGCAAGAAUGCAAGCAGAAAUCAAGAAAUUGUCAACAGAAGUAGAAUCCCUCAAAGAAGCUUAUCAUCUGGAGAUGAUUUCUCAUCAGGAGAACCAUACAAAGUGGAAGAUAUCUGCUGACUCUCAAAAGACUUCUGUUCAGCAGCUAAAUGAACAAUUAGAGAAGGCAAAACUGGAAUUAGAAGAAGCUCAGGACACUGUGAGCAAUUUACAUCAACAAGUUCAAGAUAGAAAUGAAGUAAUUGAAGCUGCAAAUGAAGCAUUACUUAUUAAAGAAUCAGAAUUAACCAGAUUACAAGCCAGAGUUUCUGGACAUGAAAAAGCAGAAGACAUCAAGUUUCUACCAGCUUCCUUUAAACCUCUCCCAGAAAUUAUGCCUGAUGGUCAGGAUCCGAAGUUUAGUGCUAAACAUUCUCGCACAUCUCUUUUCAAGUGCAGGAAACUGCGUCGCUCUAUUAGUGCCAGUGAUCUUAGUUUCAAAACUCACGGUAAUGAAGAUCUUUCUGAAGAAUUACUACAGGACUUAAAGAAAAUGCAAUUAGAACAGCCUUCAACAUUAGAAGAUAGCCAUAAGGAACUGACUUAUACGCAGUCAGACUCAUUUAAACCUCACACAUAUAAUGUAGAUGAUGAUAGUUCUGAGAGUAAUGACUUCAGUACUCUUAGUGGAAUGCUAAGAUACAUAAACAAAGAAGUGAGACUAUUAAAAAAAUCUUCUAUGCAAACUGGUGCUGGUUUAACUCAGGGAGAAAAUUUGUAAUUAAAAGAAGAUGUCAUGAUGAAAAAAAUGGAAUUGUUGGUACUGUGCUGUGUUUCCUUAUUAUAUGUAGCUCAUAUUGCAUAGAAGCUGUUAUUUAUUGCUUUUGAAUAAAUUUUAUAUUUUAAUUUUUUAAAGAAAGCCCUUUCUUUUAAAACUUAAUUACAUUUUUAGAUAAAAUCCAUUCAUUUAUUAUUUUUGGC